AUGGAGGGAGGGGACCCCGCGGGCUACCUGGACGAGGACGCCGGAGCCGACUGGGGGGAGGCAGAGCGUCGUGUUCUGGACCUGGGCGAGGUCGACACGGACAGCCCGGAGGAGGAAGCCGCGGUCCCGUGGAAGUCGGGCGGCACGAAGCGGCGGUUGAGCGACGCCCAAGAGCGGUUCCCCGGGUCCCCGAGCACGGACGGGUCAGGCGAGCGACCUGACGCCCCGCAGACUGGGGGCGAGGGCUCAAAAGUUAGCGAAAAAGUUUCUCCGGGGAGACGGGAAGCCGCCUCUGGUGAAUCAACAGAGCCUCUGAAGAAAUUGCAGCAUUGGCCAAAACAUUUGUCCCAUGCCUGUGCAAAAAGCCAGCAGGUGAGCUUACUCCGUGACUUUGUGGAGUCUGAGUUCUUCAUUAUUGACGGUGACUCUUUAAUGAUGACGUACGUUCAUGAGACGACCCUCGACCCCGAGCAGCACCUGCACUUUUUUUAUCUGGUGGAGAGAUUUUUGUUCGACUUGACUCAAAAAAAGGCAAAGUACGUCAUUACAUUCUUUAAGGACACUGAAUGUAUAUGGAACGAAAGCUGUCUUUACCUCUCAAUACGGACUGCGCUGAUUCUCCACCUUCAGCACAACACCAAGGUCCCAGUCUACACAAACUUCUCCAACUGCUUUGAUCCAAGAUGGCAGAAAUUCUUAGAUAAGAACCACCCAUAUUUUGUUCUGAUCUCCGAUGAAGCUUUUCCUAAUUAUAAAAGGCAUUUUGCCACAGGAAUAUUCCGCAUCUUGAUGUUUCACACAUUGGGGAAUAGAAUAAAUAUUGUCCUGUCAUCUGGAAUGACGCAGGACAUUCUCCGACUAUAUGGGUAUCACACACGCAGCAACCAAAGCAUUAUUUCAGCAUAUAAGGAGCACAAGUCAGAUUUAAAAACUGACCAGGCCCAGCUACUGAAACAAGCACCCAAGGUUCACGGUCGUGUGUUUUGUGCGGCAAAUGCGGAAGAACUGGUGAAGAGAAUGCAGAGUGAGAUUCAUCACAGCUACUUGAAAUUGAAGGAUCUGUGGCCCCAGGGAACAGACGUCAGCAGAAUUGUUUGUGCUGUGUCCUGCUCAGCAGCUUUGAACACUCACGCCUGUGAGAUGGCAGCGGCAAAAACCGCAGCUGGACAAGAUAAAAUGACGAAAAACAAAAAGGGUGAUCCUGAAAAGCUGUCUAUUCGAGCAGCAGCAGACAUGUGCAGAAUGUUCUGCCUUCAUGUUGUCCUUCUACGCAACUUACCUUUGUCCCAGAGAGCGCUCAAAAAGAACGCUCAGUGGACCAAGCCAGCUGGUCGCUUCCUAAUGCUGAGAAGAAUGACGGAGUAUUUUGUACUGAAAAAGCUGGCUGUCACUGAGUGGAAUGUUGACCUGACGUACUUGAGUGACCUGAAUGAUGGGCACCUGCUGGGAACCGUAGCAAAAAUGUGCUCUGAAAUGCCACAUUGUACAGAAUCAGAGCACCAGUUAGGCAGCAAGAUCGGAGGUGAAUAUAGACACAUCUGGGAAACCGUUGCUAAGAUUUCUCCUGAACUUGAUGUGGGACCUGCUUUCCCAGUGACAUGUACCUCAGGGAUAGUCCUACCACCAGCAUUGCCAGAUACGCCCAUGCAGGAAAUUCCAACCAUUGGUUUGAUGCCAAUGACGUCGGCCUUAGCUGAAGAAUUUGUUGGAGAUUUGCUAGAACAAUUGCCACAACUCAGCAGUGAGGACCCUGCACUUGAAUCACUACUUAAGCUGAAAGAGUUUGAUGAGGUCUUACAUUGGCAUUCCAGAAGACUGAUUGUAGAAAGCCAGUUUGAGAGUUUGAAGGAAAUGAGUAUAACUACAAAAGAUCCAAAGGAAAGGACAAAACUGUUACGCCAGAAGCAAAUGCACGUCGUCUUCGAGAGACUUUAUGCAGAAUCCCUGGAAGAAAAGGCUGCAAUAAUAAUAGUCACCAAUAACCCAGCAAAGCAUCAAGCAGGCCCAGGAAAGGGCAACAGCAAGAAAUCAGCAAAGAUCAUUGAAACACAGGAGGAAAAGAGGAUGGAGGAAGAGGAGAAAAAGGCCAGGGAAGCAUGGAACACAUUGCAAGAAUCAAUUAAGAAAGAAAUGAGCCAGGACAUUGACAAAGGAAUGAAAUCUCUGGUGAAGUUUCUGCAGAAUUGUAACAGUGCCAAUGUGAAAGUUAUUGCUGAGAUGGCAGGGAUUGAAUAUUGCUAUAGAGCCUGGGUCAACCACUGUAGAUCUAAAGUGGAACCCCCAAGAGACAUGAAAAUUGCAGUGUUUUUGAUGCAAAGGAUUCAAAAUGUUCUGGACAAACACGAGGAUCAGCUGAACCCUCCAAUACUAAUUAAAUUGGCUCGUUACCUCAAAGACCUGGGAUUCCUGAACCUAAGAGAUACAGUUGUGGAGAUGAUAGAUGCAGAACAGAAAGGAGGGAUGAAAAGGGCACUCACGAACGAUCCCGAGUUUCCAGUCGGUAUAGGAGCAGCUCAAUUCCAGCUGAAAUAUAUGGGUCCUUAUCUAUUCCGGGAGGAAAGGAAAGAUCGUGAUCCGAGGGUCCAACAUUUCAUACCGGAUACUUGGCAGAGAGAGCUACUAGAUGCCGUGGAUAAUAAUGAAUCUGCAGUGAUUGUGGCCCCAACCUCAUCAGGGAAAACCUAUGCAUCAUACUACUGUAUGGAGAAAGUGCUGAGGGCCAGUGAUACAGGCAUUGUGGUAUAUGUUUCACCGACCAAGGCCCUUGUCAAUCAGGUGGUGGCAACCGUCUACGGAAGGUUUACCAAGACAUUGCCCAAUGGAAUGGUGGUGUGUGGAUCCUUCACAAGAGACUACAGGGACCAUGUUCAUGAUUGUCAGGUCCUUGUCACAGUCCCAGCUUGUUUAGAAAUUCUCCUACUGUCUCCUCAUCUACAGGAAUGGGCAAACAGGAUUCAAUAUGUUAUUUUCGAUGAGAUUCACUGUUUGGGCGGAGAAAUUGGUGCAGAGGUCUGGGAGCAUCUCUUGGCACUAAUCCGCUGCCCUUUCCUCGCAUUAUCAGCGACUAUCAGCAAUCCAGAAGACCUGACUCAAUGGCUACAAUCAGUGAAGACCUAUUGGGAGAGAGUGGAAAACAGUUCAGAGGAACCUUCUUCAACAAAAAAAAUCCAGAAAAGCAAAGGAAGACAACAGACUAAACCUUGCAAAGGCAGCCAGGCCUUCAAAGUGAGACUAGUGACCUAUGAGGAACGAUACAAUGACCUUGAAAAAUAUGUGUGUCACUUUGAAAAAAAUGAAUGCAAGUUCAUUCCCUAUCACCCCUGUGCUGCCUUAACUGUGAACCAUAUUAAGGAUUAUGGGAUCCCAUCAGACCUUGCACUUUCACCACCUGAAUGUCUCAGACUCUAUGACACUAUGGCAUUGGUGUUCCCCGAGUGGCCCAGGGCAAAGGAACUUCACCCUGAGGAGCACAGAUCCUUCAAGAAUAAAGUCAUUAUCAGGAAGAGUGAUGUGAGAGAAUAUGAAGCUGAGCUGAAGGGAGAAUUUGCAGGAUGGGUUGAAACAGGACUGAAGAACAAGGUUGAGGAUGUACUGCUUUUGCUGAAGCCGAGAACUGAAGGGACAUUUGGGAAAAAUAAUACUAAUUUCCCACUUCUGGUUGAAACGCUUCGGAAGAUGGAUUUGUUACCUGCUUUAUUUUUCACGUUUGACAUAUCAAAGGUUGAACAGUUUGCUGAUGAGCUGCUAGAAUAUCUUAAAGCAAAACUGGAAAGCAAAAGAAAGCCAGAUGAUGCAAAAACAAAGCUACAGAUAAAAAAAAAACAACAGAAGCUGUCAAAACGCUUGGAAAAAGAAGAAACUUUGACGAAACCCACCAGGAAGCAAUCUGAACAGCUGACGCUAUGCAGAACUGAAAAGGACAUGUUAGACAAGAAAUCCAUGAAAUUUGAUGAGCUCCCUCUAGACUGCACUUUUGCACAGAUGUCAGCAACAGAUCAAAAGUUCAUGGACAACGUCCUCUUCCGCAUGCGCAGAGCACACAUUUCUAGCCACUAUCAGGAAAUGCUGCAGCGAGGCAUUGGCUGCCAUCAUGCCUCCCUGAAUCGCCGUAUCAGACAAGCUGUGGAGAUGCUAUUCAGGCGUGGCUUUGUCAAGGUGGUUAGUGCUACAUCGACACUUGCUUUGGGAAUCAACAUGCCAUGCAAGACUGUUGUCUUCGUUAAUGAUUCAGUGCACCUGGAUUCUCUCAGUUACAGACAGAUGUCGGGAAGAGCUGGGCGUCGGGGAAUGGAUAAUAUUGGGAAGGUGAUUUUCCUGAAUGUGCCUUUACCGAAAGUGCAGAGACUGAUAAAAGCCAAUGUCCCUCAACUGAAGGGCCAGUUCCCCCUGAGUAUAACCUUUGUGCUCCGCCUCAUGCUGCUAACAGCUAGAGCAGAUGACAAGGCUGAUGCCAAGGCCAAGGCGCUGUCAGUUCUACAACAUUCCAUGAUGACCUUCAAUCAUCCUAGAAAGCAAAACAUUGUCAAAUUCUACUUCCUGUUCUCCCUGCAGUUUCUGCUCAGAGAGGGCUAUCUAGAUCAAAAGGGUCAGCCCCAAGGAUUCGCAGGCCUGGUGAUGCACAUACAUUAUCAUGAGCCGGCCAACUUCGUUUUCAUCCGCUUCCUGACUGAGGGGCUAUUGCACAAAAUCUGUCAGCCUCUGAAAGCAGGUUCAAAGGUGUUUUCUGAAGAUGUGAUGGAGAAAUUAGUUCUCAUUCUGGCAAACUUAUUUGGAAGGAGACAUCUUCCACCAUGCUUGAAGGAAGGGGAUCUUAAGUUUGACCAGUCCAAGGUAUUUCUCGAUGAACUUCCCCAUGAGUUUGCAGCCUCUGUUCAGGAAUACAACAAGGCCGCACUCCAGAUCUUUGGGAAUUUUUUCCUCUCCAUCGCUAAUCAAGCCAACUUGAAAGAAGAGUGUGAGCUGCCUCACUCGGGCACAGCGUUUGAGGGUCCUCAGCUACCUGAAGCCACUGACUUCACCUCGGAGCUAGCCAAAGUCUUGAGCUGUCUGACGACAUCAGUGUCACCAUUCGCCUGCUUGUCUGGACACAGUGAUCAUGACCUGUUUAAGCUGGGUGACAUUGAUCCAAUUAUUUUCCGCACACUUGGAAUUCAUUCGAACAACAUCCCUGUUCUGCACUUGAAGUGCUACGACAGGCAGGGCAGGCAGAUGCCUCUUAAUGCCUACGCGCUCGAUUUCUACAAGCAUGGCUGUUUGGAUGCUUUACACUCUGAUAAUAGGUUAAAUAGAGGAGAAGCCUUCAAUCUGAUCAAAGAUUUCAUGUUGGUAAUUUCUGCAAUCAGCACCUCUCUCACCGAGCUGUGCAUUAAGGAAGAUGACCUUGUUGCUUUAGCAUUUCAGCAACUGCAAGAGAGCUACACAAGCAAGUUCCAGCAGGUUUGGAGCUAAUAUCACUGAUAUAACAAGUUGGACCACUGUACCUGCCUGUGUAUCGACAAUCACUGCUAAAGGAUAGUUCAUUGCUUUUGGGUAUUUCGAUGAUGUAUUAAGAUGCUGUGUUUCUUUUUUUUUUUCAUGCUAUGCCCAAACAAAAUUUACUUUGAAGAGAACAUUAGUCCUCUUUCAAAUAUUUAUAAUGCAUACUUUACCCAUCACUGAUAUCAGUAUUUUAUUUCAUUUAAAUUCCCCAGCUGCUGUGAUGGGAUUUGAACGCAAACCUUCAGGUUAUUAAUCAGGGUCCCCUGCAUUACUAGCCCCAGUAACAUAGCCACUAUCCACAACUGUACUCCUUGCCUGCAUGCUUGCAUGUUUUUACCAUUAACCAUUCAGCAGCGUUUUAUAAACAAUGGAAAGAUUGUACCAUCAUUCAGAGAGGGAGGAUCCAUAUAAUAAGCCUUGCAUUUAGAUAUGAUGCUUAACAGAAGCUCUCCAAUAUCAAUAAAUCUUGUGGAAGGAAUUUUGAAGAAUCAAAACCUUCGUUUUAAUAUUUUCUUGGUGUUUGUAUCAUUGAUUAUCAGAAUAAAAUACUUUCCAUUA